AUGACUUCAUCACCACUCUAUAACCUCUCUGCUCCUAUGCCAAACGGCUCUGAAUUCAAGUUUUCGGAUACAAAGAAUAAAGUUUUGUUGAUCGUGAAUGUAGCUAGCAAAUGUGGUUUUACUCCACAGUACGAAGGAUUAGAAAAGAUUUGGCAAAAAUAUAAAGAAAAAGAUUUCUUAAUCAUUGCAUUUCCUAGUAACAACUUUGGUCAACAAGAACCAGGAACCGAUGCAGAAGUCGCAAGUUUUUGUAAAUUAAAUUAUGGUGUUACUUUCCCUAUUAUGAAAAAGUGUGAUGUUAAUGGUGAUACGGCAAGUGAAGUUUAUAAGUUCUUGAAGGAAGAAAAGUCUGGUUUGCUUGGUCUUACUCGUAUCAAAUGGAAUUUCGAGAAAUUCUUGGUGGAUCGUAACGGACACGUUCGAUAUCGUCAUGCUUCUACGACCAAACCUGAAGCCUUGGAGAAAGAAAUCGAAGAGUUGUUGAACGAGUCUGCCAAAGCCUAA